GCUUUGUUAUAUCGAUACAGACAACAACAAAGUGUGAAUCUAGGAAGUUGGUUUGUUCAAGAACAAUGGAUGAACCCUUCUUUAUUCAAUUGCGCUUCAGGUAAUCAACAAGCUGAAUUGGAUGUCGCUAGUGGUUGGGGAGGAGUAGGGAAUUCUAAACAGGUUUUGGAACGUCAUUGGGAUGAAUGGAUAACUGAAGAUGAUUUUAGUUGGUUGAAAAGUGUUGGGAUUAAUACGGUCAGGUUACCUAUAGGUUUUUGGUCCCUAGGUCCGGAUUACUGUAAAGGUACAGUCUUUGAAGAUGUCUCGGAUGUGUAUUCCAAUGCUUGGCCGAGGGUAGUGCGCGCUAUCAACUGGGCGGAGAAAUAUGGUUUGGGAGUUUUGGUAGAUCUUCAUGGUGCACCUGGUAGUCAGAAUGGUCAAUCUCAUUCGGGUGUGUCAGACGGACACCAAAACUUAUUUGAUAAUCCGACAAACGUGGCUUUGACGAUGAACGCAUUGACUUUCUUGACUCAACAAUUGGUAAAGGUCAAUAACGUUGUUGGUAUUGAGUUGUUGAAUGAGCCGAGUAAUGUGGAUGGGUUGACAUCGUUUUGUAAACAGUUGUCUCCUGAAGCAGCUGCAUUUCCAUUUUACAUCAACGACGCUUUUGAUUUGAACCGGUUCUCUGACUAUCUCUCAACUCGAACAGACUUUGUGGUCCUUGACCAUCACUCUUACUUUGUGUUCGGAGAUCAACCCUCACAACAAACUCCUGUAGGACAAAUCGAUGCCACCCUACUCCCCAUCCACGGCACACUCUCACAACAACUCCUCUCUGUCUCUUCAUCAGCUCGUAGGAAUCUCGUGAUCGACGAAUUCUCCUGUGCUCUCACAGCUUCCGCACUCGCCAAUUCACCCGACGAAACAGCAGAUCGUCGAGCAUUCUGUACUGGUCAAAUUGAGACUUACGCAAACACAACAGCCGGUUAUUCAUUUUGG